CUGUUAGCUAGCCGCGAACAACUGUAAACAACUCACGUUUAUAAACCUCACAAACCAAACAGACAGUACGCUAACUUGCUUAACCAUUUGCAUGGAAUUUUAGAACCCGUAUUAAAAAGUCGUGUUUGGCUGUAGACCUAGGGACUGGUGAAUUUGUAAAGAAGGUUUUGGUUAUUUAUAAAGCUGGGAUGUAAGCAGCUAGUCAAGCGCGCGUCCGACUGGACAGCUAAAGCUUCGGUCAGAACGGAUCGUUUUGCUUUCUUCAUAAAAACGCGUAAUAACAGAAAUCACUGUGGAAAUAUCAGGCCAUGUGUUGCGGAGUGAAAUGAGGCCAAUUUGAUUGUAAAUAGUGUUUUUGGUAGGCUGUCGAAGAUUUUUUUUUUUUUUAGCACUAAGCUAAAUUAAGCUACUUUCAAUCUCAUAUAAAUGCGCAUAAAUCUCGAUAAUGCUUUUCGUAUUUAUGUAACACCUGUGAAAAUAUGCUCUGUCGGUUAAUAUUCGAUUAUUAUCGAUAAGUUAUGUGUUGUUGACAGAGGCUAGCUUAUUAUAAUGUAAAGUAUAUUCGACUUGCUGAUAAGUAAAUCAGAGUUAUGUUAAAUAUAGCAGUUUCUAUCAACAUGCUAAGAAAUUAGUAAACGUUUCCCUAAACAUGCCUUCUAAAUCUUGGAAUUGGCUGGACUGAGAUACUAUGGAAGCUCUUCGAAGUGUCAGUGCAGUACAUGGAGGUACACAAUAUCAAACAUGGUUUAUAUUUACACCGAAUCGGCUGAGAUGAAUUAACCAAGAAACAAAUGGUUUUGAAGGACUUCAACCAUGGGUGAUAUGAAGACCCCUGAUUUUGAUGAUCUCUUGGCUGCCUUUGACAUCCCAGAUGCGACCAGUCUGGAUGCCAAAGAGGCCAUUCGUGAGAAUCAUGAUGAGGGAGAGGGGCACCUGAAGCACACAGAGAUGUGUAUGGAUGCCACAGCUUUGAUCCCUCACCCAGUGACUCCAACAGAUGCACCUGCAGUCAGUGUUAUAGUAAAGAAUACCAGUCUUCAGGACUCCAAUGAACUUCUUGUGGAGAAAGAGGGUUCACAUUUGGGACACCUUUUAGAAAAUGGGUUCAAGACUUCUGCAAGCUCACUGGAGACACAUCAUGUUGAUACACAUCCCAUCAACUAUCCAAGGCUUGAUAUGUUUCCUGUCAAUGGGGACUGUACAAGACACUCUUUGGAAAAUAUUCCUGUCCUUUACAAGACUGAAAAAGUUCCCACUUUGUUGAGGUCUAUGCCUCAUUUUAGCCCUAUAUCUAGCCCAGAAUCUGAAGACAUUCAGAGCAAUGGAAUAGAAAUCUAUCCAAAAUCGGUAGAGAGCUCAUACUUCCCGUCUGAUUCACUCUUUACAUCUUCAGCUCUUUCUAUGUUAGAGAAUCAUGAAAAAUCUCAAGCGGGGUGUGAGAGCAGCAAUGAAACACUUCCUGGGUUUAAAGAUAUAAAUUAUCUUGGUUGUGAUGCCUCAUCUUUAAAAGACAGUAGCUCAAUGCGCUACAAAGAAGAUGCAGAUAAAAAAAGUUAUGAUUCGGCGAUUAAGAGUGACUGUAUGGAGAAUUUUGGAACUAAUGCAUAUUCGGCUCCUGAGACAGGCAGUUCUGCCUCCCAUCCACGUGUCAAUGCUCAGACCUCCAGGUUGUCUUCUUGCCUUGAUGCAUUAGCAGCCCUGAAUUCUAAAAAGGAUCCUCGUGAGCAGACUAUCUCAAGAGACUUACCAGUUGCCCCAAAAGAGACAAUGAAAAUUAAUCAAAAAAUACCCAUAUCACCAAGGAGCCCUAGAAGUCCUUUAGAGGUGGUGAAACGUUUUAUCAAACAGCCUGACAGCCCAAUGAGUAUUUGCAGUGAUAGCAGUGGUAAAGCAUCUCCAGCUGUUGCUACUGGCUCGCCUCCAGCCAUACCAAGAGUGAGAAUAAAGACAAUCAAAACCUCAUCAGGAGAAAUCAAACGCACCAUCACAAGCAUAUUGCCAGAUUCUGAAACCGAAGAUCUCCUGUCACCCUUUGGGUCAUCGCCAUCUCAGUCUUCAGUUGAAGAUACCUUCUCUAAAACACUGCCUGUGUAUCGUUCGAACAGUGUAAUUUCUGAAGUUGAUAUUGAAGAUGAAAAGCAGGAUACUUCAAGCACUGCUUUAUUGGGAAGCAAAUCAGCAAGCAUGAAAUCAGUGAGGACCUUAAAAAAAACUCAAUUCCAAAGUAAUGGUCACACUCUAAAUAGAACACAGGGAGGGAAUAAUCAAAGGAAGUCUUGUUCUGCUCAGAUGGGUUCUUCUGCUAAUACAAAUUACCUUCCAAAGGCAUUACACUUAGCUAACCUUAAUCUAGUCCCACAUAGCGUGGCUGCCUCGGUUACAGCAAGGUCUUCCACUAACAGACAGGACCGCUCUCAGUUAUCAUCUCCAGUGGUGUGCAGUUCUGUACCUUUAGUGCACCAAGUUAAAAAGGUGUCAGCAAACACACAAUCUUUUGUCUCAAAUACUGCAGCUGGAACUUUAAACAGACUUUUGAAUUUCUCAAACCCUGUGCCAACAUAUGUUCCUGACCUGAGUCCACCACCAGGCAGCAAUAUCAAGCUCCCACUGCAAGGCUUUUGCUGUUUGGAAUGUGGAGAUGCAUUCGGGCUGGAGAAGAGUCUUGCUUACCAUUAUAGUCGGAGGAGUGUGCAUAUUGAAGUAGCAUGUACCUACUGCUCAAAAACAUUGGUCUUUUUUAACAAAUGUGCUCUUUUGGCACAUGCUCGAGAACACAAGAACAAAGGCAUGGUGAUGCAGUGCACUCAGUUGUUUAUGAAGCCCAUUGCUGUUGAGCAGAUGUUGGUGCCCACGAAGACUAAGCAGUAUGUAAAUCAAAUACCUUAUGUGAACAACACAACAGAGUCAUCCAAAAGCCAAGCAGUCUUGCCUCUUUUUCCUGACAAAGUUAUCAGACAUGGAUUCAAAUGUCUGGACUGUAACAAACAAAUGUCAGACUACACAGCACUUGCAGGUCACUAUCAGAAUUCAUCAGUAGAUGCUAAAGGUUUGAUGUGCAAGGUUUGCUCAAUGUUGCUGCCCAACAAAUGCAGCUACAGGGCCCAUCAUCGUAUUCACACACAUAAGUCCCCUUAUUGCUGCCCUGAGUGUGGGGCGCUCAGUCGCUCUGUGGACAUCCAGAAGCAUGUGAAAGAGAAUUGUCUCCACUAUGCCCGCAAAAUUGGUUAUUCGUGUCUGCAUUGUGGAAUGCUUUUCAUGUCACUGUCCCUCUUCAAGAGUCACAUUGAGGAGAAACAUUAUGAGGUCUUCUAUAAGUGCACUAUCUGUCCUGUAGCCUUCAAAUCUUUUGAUGGCUGUCUGAUACAUGUAAAAAGCAAACAUGGUGGUAGUGAACCAAGCCAUCAAGUGAUCUACAAGUGUUCCUGUGAAACUGUCUUUAAGAGAAAGCAGUUGUAUUAUCAGCAUUUUCAUAACCGUACUUGUGUGUUCAAGUGUCCAGAGUGCACAUCUUUAUUUCCAGAAAAAAUACUUUUGGUGCAACAUUUCAAGAUUGUUCAUGGUGGUGUUUUCAGAGGUAAGGCAGAUAAAAGCUCAAAACAGACAGAGAUGACAUCUCUCUGUGAUAAAAUAUCACCCCAAAACCUCCAACCAAGGUCAAGCAAACCUGUUAAUGAGGAUUGCAUGAAGAUAGGAAAGAGCUCUGCUGCACCGAAGUCAAGUGGUGGAUGUAGUAUGAAGAAUGCUGGUUGGACCUGUGGAGAAUGCCUUCUGUGGAUCCCUGACAGAGAGACCUUUGUCAAUCAUAUGAAGACCAGCCAUGGCAGGUCUGUAAAGAGGCAUCCAUGUCGACUAUGUGAAAGGUCCUUCAAUUCACCCUUGAGUCUUAGACGACACAUUCGUAGUGACCAUGAUGGGAAAAAGAAUGUUUACACAUGCUGGUAUUGCACAAAUGAGAGGGUAUCCUUUAGUUCACAUUCUAUGCUGAAGAAACACAUCAGCUUGAUGCAUGGAAUUAAGAACCCAGAUUUCGGCCAGAUGGCAAAGUUAGCAUCUCAGCAGAUGGGGAAAACCACAGGCGAGCCCCACCCUGAGAGCCCCCCAAAAAUGCCAAAUAACUGCCCCACUUCCAGUCAGACUAAUCCCAAAACCCCAGCUUUCUACAUGACACCUCCUCGAAAGCUGCCUCCCACCUCAUCUCCGCACACCACUCUGGAAAUGAGGGCGCUCCAGCUGACUUCAAUACCCUUAAAAUAUUCUGCCUGCCAAUCAAACACAUUUUGUAUGUGUUUAUCCCCCAUAUUGAUGCCCGCCCCAUCGCCCAAAAUACAGAGUGUGGGGCAAAAUUACAUUCGAGUACCCAAUAUGUCACAUGUAAAACUCUGAACCUUCAACCAAAAUUAUUUGAUCCAAAAGUCUACGGUAACUCAGAUAACCAGUCUGUACAAUUGUGGUGAGAAGAAUAGAAUCUCAUAAUGCUAUUCUGAGACGCAGGUUGGCUCUGUUUUAGCAGCAUGAGGGGACCUACACAAUAUUAGGCAGGUGGUUUUAAUGGUGUGUGUGUGUGUGUGUGUGUGUGUGUGUGUGUGUGUGUGUGUGUGUGUGUGUGUGUGUGUAAUAUAUAUUGAAAUCAUUGCACCCAGUUUUAUUUCAGUAAUCUUCCUUAUAAUGUUUUGACUGUCCUGUUUCAUUUUCUACAUAGAUUAAAUGAUGUAGAGACAUGCAUAUCAUAUACAUUCAUAUUUUGCUUCGUAUUUAUUAUAAUUUAAUUAAUUUGUCUAUUACAGCAUGUCAUAUUUCAAAGUUGUCAUAUUUGAAAUCUAAGAUACCUUUUUGCCCUCUAAAAAACAAAUGUAAUAUUUUUCUUAUAAAUUUUGCAAUUAUAAAAAAAAAAAAAAAAAUUAAAUUACAACAAUGUACUGCCAAAAUUCUUUCAAGAGGAAAGAACAAUAAUAUUAUAAAUAUAACACUUUGUAAAGUUUGUCAGGUGCACAACAGAGUGACAAUGGCAUAUUUAAUCCAUAAAGACUAAUGUAUCAAAUGUGAUGCAUAAUUUUAACAUAGUAAUUUAUUAACUUAAGCAUAGUGCUUUGAUACAAUGAUAAGCUAGUCUGACAAAGAAAACAAUUAUUGUCAAAAAUAAAUUUCAAUAACUUUAAUUAUAAUGUUACCUUGAACUUUUAAAAUAAGCUGUCAUUUAUCCCAACAUAUUCACUUUUCAAGCAAGUCUGCUGCCAUUUUUUAACUGACCGAUUUAAACCAAUAUUUUUCACCAAUAACUAUGAUGGUAAAAAUGUUUAAUUGAUUUUCAUGUGCAGAUAAGUUUUGUGAAAGCGUAAAUCAAAUUGCAAGCAUUAAAAUAAAUUGCAUGCACACAGAACGUUUUGUAAAGGUGUAAAUCAAGUUGCAAGCAUAAGAAAAAAUAUUAGCAAUACUUUUAAUGCUUUGCAUAAGUGUAAUUCAUGUGUUGUGAAUCUGUAAUUGAGUAUAAACACAAAGUAAAUUUGGUGUGUAUUCUUCUGACUUCCUUUUUUCAAGUUUAAACUUUUGGCACUGUUUUUGUGCUUAAACAUGGCCAAAAUCAUUGCAAACCUGCAAUCAGCGAUAUGCAAGCAAAUAAAGGGUGUCAAGAACAGCAUAGAAUCAGUCUGUAUGUGUAAAAUAAACUACUGCAAAUGUGUAAAUAAUUUGUGUUUGUGGCGCAAACAUUUUCCAGAAAUAAUCUGAUAUACACUGCUCUGGCUUCCCUUUGUUGCACUUACACUUUUGGCACGAAUUUCUCACUGAAAAAAGUUUGCAAGGGGGAAGGCGGGUCUACCUGCUUCUACUCCAGAUCCCUUGCUCCACAGGGAUUGUCCCUGUAAUAAGUGCACUGUAAGUCGCUUUGGAUAAAAGCGUCUGCCAAAUGCAUAAAUGUAAAUGUAUUAACCAAUCAAAUUAUGUUUGACCAGUUUACUUUGACUUGAUUCGUGGUUUAAUAAUGUGACAGACUGCUUGUUCGUCAUAUGGCUCAGCAUCAUUCCUCUGGUAUCUCUCCUCUUAAAUAUUAAACUGAAAUAUUAAUACAUGUUCUUUUAUUGCGAGUGUAAAGUUGAGUUGACACCAUUUAUUUAUAUAAAUCUCAAUCUGGUUUUCAAAUGUUUCUUGUUGUUGCUGUUUAUUGUUUAAUUACUUUCAAUUAUCAUUGUCAUGGCAAAUGGAUGUAUGGAUGGAACUUGCUGGUAUCAUUGACACAGUGGUGUAGUAGUGUCUGAAGU